UUUGGAGGCAACUGAUAGCAUAGGGGUUAGCGCUGCUGCCCUGGGACCUAGAGGCCACGGGUUUGAAUCCUACCACUGGCCAUAGCACCCUGUGUCAACAUACCUACCCUUGUUCUAGUAAAAGCAUGCAGCUCUAUUGUUGUUAGCUAACACUUCUCUUACAAUGUUAAGCUAUUUACAGUUAUUAACCUAUUUAUAUAGCGGGGUAAUUUUACCGGAGCAAGUUAGGUAGUACCUAAUACUACAUUUACCUUUACAGCAAUUCAUUUAGCAGACACUUUUCUCCAAAGCGGCGUACAUCUCGGAGAAAAUACAAUUUGUGCGUUACAUUAGGAGAAAGAGACGUGAUUCUUAGGUAAACCUCGUUUGUUUCCACUUGAUGCACCAGUAGAUAGAUAAAACCUGAUAACCUUCCUACAUUUUUAAAAAAAAAAAAAUUACUACCUCCUAAAAAUAAUUUGACCUAGCUCAAGGGUAUCAAAUCUGGAAGUGGGACUCGAAUCUGCCACCUUUUGGGUCAAACGGCAGCAGCUGUAACCACAAGGCUACCAGCGCUUUACUAAAGGUGAAUAAAUGUAAAUGUGUGAACGCCGUGGACACAAUAACGGACGGUGGCGGAGGCUGUUGGAACCGGUGUUGGACUGUAGUGGACUCUGGGGAAACGUGUUUUACUUUGACGGACCGUGACGGGCUUCCCGCGCGCGGCCUGUGGAAGGAGGCUCGUCACGGAGGGACAGUAAGCAACGAGCGCGUGGCACCACGCUGGACGAACUAUGACGGGCUGUUUACUCGUCCAGCCAGCGCGGUCCAUCCCUCUACAACCCCUGCUCCACUUUCCGCGCCCCGUCCCUCCGCCUGCUGAAGCCUCAUCUGGGCCCGGGACGAGGUCCGCAGAGGAGCCCGCGGGUUCCGCGUACACGGCGGCGCCCCCGAUGGAGCUGCCCGACGACUCGAACCUGGUCAAGUCCUUCAUCGCGGAGCUGCGGCGCAGGGCGGAAGUGGAGCUCGAGGGCGGCCAGGUGGACCUGAGCGACGGCGCGCUCCUCAAGUUCCUGCGCGCGCGGGACUUCGACGGCGAGCUCGCGCUGCAGCUGCUGGUGAAUUAUCACAAGUGGAGACGGGAGUGCCCAGAAAUCACCGCAAACCUAUGCCCCUCCUCAGUCUUGGGCCUGCUCCAGAACCAGUACCAUGGAGUACUGGACUCCAGGGACACCACUGGAAGCAGAGUGCUGGUCUACAGGAUUGGUAAGUGGAUCCCAAAGGAUUUCACAGCAUAUGAAGUGUUCCGUGUGAGCCUCAUCACAUCGGAGCUGAUUGUCCGGGAGGUUGAGACUCAGCGAUUCGGCAUAAAGGCCAUAUUUGACUUGCAGGACUGGUGCUUUGCUCAUGCCUUCCAGAUUAACCCUUCUCUGGUUAAGAAGAUCUCAGCUGUGCUCACAGACUCGUUUCCUCUGAAGGUGCGAGGGAUCCACCUCAUCAAUGAGCCAAAAUUCUUCCGUCCCGUCUUCUCUAUGAUCAGACCUUUCCUGCCAGACAAGAUAAAACCGCGAAUCCAUAUGCAUGGCAGCUCGUUUGUCCACAGCUUGUGUCAGCACUUCUCCAGGGAAAUUCUGCCCCCUGAGUAUGGUGGUAAUGGGCAGGGUCUGGAUGAAGUGUGUCAGAGGUGGACACAGUUCAUCCUGAGCUCACAGGCCCUUCUCCAGCAACUCUCCUUGGGUGCAGCCGGAAGAGGAGACGGUGAACAGGGUGGCUCACGCCAGGUCCCCAGAGGUGCAGGCAAACCAAGGGACUCAGGCAGCUGUUCUAGGUAGCUCCUGCACCAACCACACCCCCUAGUUACUCCUGAAAGCACGACCCCUCCAGGUUAUCAUGGACUGUGGAAGCACUGCACUUUCCACCUAUAGCAUUUCAACAGGGGUGGAUUAAUUUUGUCACAGUUUCCUGUAUACAGUAUUUGUUGGCAAACUUUCAUAGAAAGUUUGAAACUGCUGUUAUUCUUGAUUAGGCCCACAGUGUAUAAAGUUUUUUCAGUUACAUAGUAUUGUUGAACUGUGACCUUCUGGUAGUUCACCUGCAUACACCUGUGUAUGUCCCACUGCUGUUUAAGAUACAUUUUGAUCGUUCUCCUGUACUCAUCAUCGCUGAUAUGCAGGAGUUAUUCUUGUUCUGAAGGGACCCAGUUUGUCUACAUGAAGGUGACAAACAGUUGUGCAGUGAGAGAAAAUCGCAUGUUUGUUAAGGGUAUAUAUCACACCUGUUUGUCCAUGUGGUUACGCACAUCUGUGCUGAACUCAGGUCAUUUGGUAGAGAGAGUUCCAUUUGACUUUUUCAAAGUAGUUUCACUGCCAAUUCAUUUCCUUUGCUUAAAAAAAAGUUUAACAGUUUUAUAAUUCUUUUCUGUCAUGAGAAAGCAGCUAUACAGACAGACAUUUACAUUUAUUCAUUUAGCAGACGCUUUCGUCCAAAGCGACGUACAUCU